UAGAGUCAGAGGUGGGCAGGGUCAGGAUCGCUCUGACCUUCCAAGUCUGGAAGCUCUGGCCUGCCCCCUACCGUGUUCAUGCCACCCCUUGAGCUCAGACAAAGGGAUGUGGAAAAGAGAGCAGGACAUACUUGAAGAGCUGUGGCCUGUCUAUUGUUUCCUGCUGUAGAGGAGAAGAUUGGGGACAGACUUGAGUUGACUACUUUGGAGAGUUGCUGAAAGGUGUUGGAGCCUGUGGUCUGUGUGGCCGGGCCUCCUUGAGAGACCCAGGGUCAGGGAAAAGAGAAGUUAGAGCCUUGAAGCUGAGGUGGGGAGAAGAGGAAAUGGUGCAGUUGGCAAGGUUGUCCAGCAGCCAAGACUAAAGUGAAGACAGCCCGUGGACUCACCACAAGAGGAAAGUAGAGGUUUUUAGGGAAAAGUGAGUGGGAAGAGAAGAAGUUAAGUUAGUGGGCAUUAUUAGCAGCCAAGAGCGGCUAAGCCAGAAAGGACCUCAGAGGAGAAAGCUUAAGCCCAGAAAGAUUCAGUGAUUUGCUCCAAGAGGACAGCGAGGUGGAGGCAUUCCCAGGCUGGUGCUCUUUCCUGUUGGGCACUGCCAAUGGCAGGUUCUAUGGCGUUUUCACUUAAGUUCUUUCCUGUAAUAUUCAGGUGUGUGUGUGUGUGUGUGUGUGUGUGUGUGUGUGUGAUGCUUUAGAUAAUGGUUAUAGGGAUAGGAAAAUUCAAGUGGCUUUUAAGGCUGUUAACAUGGUCUCAGUACAAAGGAAAAUAUGUCAACUUUAUUCAUACUGUGUCAGCCAAACCUUUGGGGAAGGGGGGCAAAGUAAUGCCAAAGGGGUAGAUGGACAUGUGUUUUAAAGAGUAUAGCCUAGUUGUGAAUGCUUACCUAACACAGUUUCGGUGUUCCUGGUGGGUUCUCGGUACAUCUGAUUUUCCUGCCUUUUCUUAUCAGAGUAUGAAAAUGGAGGAAAACUAUCUUGGCCUCAAUCCCCACAAAAGUUUAUUCCUAUAAAAGGCACAGCCAGAAAGUCUGUAGCUCAGCUGUUUCAAACUGCGAGGGUCCUGUGGUUAUUGUCUAUACAAGUCUGUCAUUUUCGCAGGAAAAACCACCGUGAUAUCUAGUCUGACCAGCAGUCUAAAAAGGGUUCUAGCCUAUUCCUCUAACCCAAUGAUGGCUGUGGACAUAGAGUACAGGUACAGCUGCAUGGCCCCUUCCCUGCGCAGGGAGAGAUUCGCCUUCAAGCCUUCGCCAAAGCCAAGCAAACCACUGAGGCCUUGCAUUCAGCUGAGCAGCAAGAACGAAGCCGGUGGAAUGGUGGCCCCCACCGUGCAGGAGAAGAAGGUGAAAAAGCGGGUGUCCUUCGCCGACAACCAAGGGCUGGCCCUGACAAUGGUCAAAGUGUUCUCGGAAUUUGAUGACCCGUUAGAUAUUCCAUUUAACAUCACUGAGCUCCUAGACAACAUUGUGAAUCUGACGACAGCAGAGAGCGAGAGCUUUGUUUUGGAUUUUUCACAGCCUUCCGCGGAUUACUUAGACUUUAGAAAUCGGCUUCAGACCGACCACGUAUGCCUUGAAAACUGUGUGCUGAAAGACAGAGCCAUCGCUGGGACAGUGAAGGUGCAGAACCUGGCGUUUGAGAAGACGGUGAAAAUACGGAUGACAUUUGACACUUGGAAAAGUUUCACAGACUUUCCCUGUUGGUAUGUGAAGGACACUUAUGCUGGGUCAGACCGGGACACGUUCUCCUUUGACAUCAGCUUACCUGAGAAAGUUCAGUCUUAUGAGAGGAUGGAGUUUGCCGUGUGCUUUGAGUGCCAUGGACAGACGUACUGGGACAGCAACAAAGGCAAAAACUAUAGGAUCAUCCGAGCUGAAUUGAAAUCCACUCAGGGAACAGAUGAGCCACAGAAUGGAUCAGAUUUUGGAAUAUCCUUUGACCAAUUUGGAAGCCCUCGCUGUUCCUACGGUCUGUUUCCUGAGUGGCCUAGUUAUUUAGGAUAUGAAAAGCUAGGGCCCUACUAUUAGUGACCGUGCAUGGUGGAGCCCGGCUAAAUGGGGACGAGGGGCCUUAGCUGCAGUCACAGGCAGGUGGAGACGGAAGCCUGGAGAACAGUUUGAACUGCCAUCAGGCACAGUUUUUGAAAAAGAAAGGAUCCUACUCACUUUUUUUCUGAAGCCAGCAAAAGCCAGCCAGGGUUAGCUCACAGAACUGGUUUCACCCCAGAAUAGAUGUGGGUUGCUGGUCUGCUUGGCACCUGGGGCGGCCAUGAGGGUCGGAGCAGGAGACCGGUGCCGGGAAGGGCCUGGGCGGACAGCAGCCCUCUGGGCAGUGCUGGUGAAACUGAAGGACAGUGGCUUUGAAAUGAUGCAACCCAGGAGCGUGAUCCGGCUGCCCGGAGAGUCUGCUCCUCCCCCCUGGGACGUGGAAAGUUGGUCACCUGAAAGUCACUCCAUGCCCAGCCACCUCCCACUGGACCCUUGCCGUUCAUCUUUGUGUGCUCUGCCCCCAGCUGGGUCCUCCAGCUUGUUGCUGCUGUUCACGUCCUUCACGCUUUAUCUCUGUGCUCUUUUUUUUUUUUUUUGCAUUUUAUUUUCUUCCGCAGCUCAUCUGAUGCCAAUGCCGAGGAAAAGAUAAGCAAGGGAAAUUAGCCUGUGACGGAGACAGGCAUUUCCUCUUUCUGACCCCACAGAGAGGCCAGCAGAGAACCACGCCCAGUUAGCAACGGUAACUGGCUGCUGUGUUAGGUCACAGACCGCAGGCCUGUGACAAGCAGGGCAAUCUGGGUGGGACGCUGGUAGCUUGUCCUCUUGGCUUUUGGGGGAGCUUUCGAAGGACUCGCUCUGGAGUCACCAGACGGCUCCGUUACAGGAUUUGUUGGAACUUGCUCUGCCGGUUUGCAGGCGCCUCAUUCUUCACAAAGGGAUUUUAGACUCUCCUUUCCUCGAGAGCCCUCCUUCCUGCUGUGUGCACGGCAUCCUGGUGUGCAGAUCCCAUCUAUCCUCAAAGCCUUCAGUGAGGGUUUGGCCUUACUUUGACCAUGAUCUGCUGCAUCCGGGACUCUUUCUGAGCACCCAGGGACUGUGAUCUGGGGCUGCUUAUUUACGGAGUGCAAGUACAUAAAGGGAUCAGGGAGAAAAACCUCACCAAGUUCUCAUGUUUUGUUUUCCGUGUUUGGCGACUCUGAAAUAUCAGAGGUGAAUUGUUCUUAACCAUGUUGGACUCCUGCAUUAACUGUCAUCGUUUCAUUCAGAACUCCUGGGACGUUCAUUGACAGGUGUAUCCCCAGACCCUGUGGGUUUUCUUGUGCAAGUUUGGUUUGUACUUGGGGCUGUUUAGAGAAUAUUUUUACGUAUGUAUUUGAAGAAGGUUGGGGUUUUUUCUGUUUUAUUUUUGUUCUUGAAGCUUAGUUAAAUGACUGUCUCCUUUUCCUUUUUGGAGUCGGCAAGCAAAGGGUGGUCUUUUGCCUGCGCGUUCCAGAUCAAUUACAAACCCCUCCUGGCUUCUGUGGCUUUGUCCAUUGGUGUCAGGCAGGUUUGGAGGGUCGUGGCUCCUCGAGUUUUGUGGUUGGGUUUUUUUUUUUUUCCUUUCUUUUUUGAACUUUAAAAUAUUUUGACUUUUGAAAUGUUCUCAAGUGGUGCGGUGGUUGAUAUUAAUUCUUGCUCCUAAAACUGGCUGUUACUGGUCUGCAACCCGGUGCUUUAUUUUGUACGCCUGUCCCAGGUGCGUGGGACUCGGGGAUUGCUUGAUAUAUGGGACAGUCACGUUUUUCCCUUGUGCUGACACUGGGCAGAACUGAGUUUUGGUCGAAGCGUACCCUACAUCAGGCGCACAGAGGCACUUUCAUAGCUACAGAUAUGGCGGUCAGUCCGGUUGAUAGUGCAAAUCAAAGUCGAGUGGAAGCAAACCUGAUUUGAUAGGGGUCGUGAAUAGAUUUUGUUUUAAGAAGUCCCGGGCCGCCUCCUUCAAGUCCAGAGAGGUACAGCGCCCACUGUCAUUUACAGGUUACCAGACUAGAGCUAACAAGAUCAUUCUCUAUGCAAAAGAAAAACGCCCAGGUAGUUCCUGUUUGUUUUUCAGUCAUGGCGAUCCUAAGACAUUCCAGGGUCAAAUUUGAAAUAUGGUAAUUCAGUGAUAAGUAUCUCUUAAAACAGCCAUACCCUCCCCCACCAUUCUUUACUCCCAGCUCACCCCAGCUUUUUUGCUGGGGGCACUGGUUGCAACCCCCUCUCUCCCCCCCUACACCUGGGAUGCUACCCCCCCCCCCCGCACCCCAGGCAAGUCCUCACCUGCUUGCAAAGACCCUCCUCUGACUAGAGAAUGUGGUUUCAAGACUUCCCUGUCAGUCAUUCUGUGAGCGAGGGGCCUCUGAACAAUACCGUCUUUAUUCAGCAGUCAGUCCGUCUCCCUCUGGCCCAGUUCUGUCCCAGGAUACCCACAGGUGGCCCCGGGACCCGCUUCAGCAGAACCUCUCCUUUUUUCAGAGCUCACUGUCAGUAAAUAGGUCCACAAACAGUGAUAAGUUUUAGUUGGAGAUGUCAUUGCAGCCGGACUUGGGGGCUCGACCCUCAGACAGGUCCUCAGACAGAUCUGUUAUGGUGAGCAUGUCCCUCAACCCCAGUGCCCUUCCCAGAUUGUCCCCAAAGGACCAGCCUCCUGCCCCUGGCAUUGCCCAGAAAUGGGGAACCAUCUCUGUUUCAUUUCCUAUUUAUUUCCCCCAAAUGCCCUGGGGAGCACUGGCAAAUUAGGUGCAAUAAAUAAGCUGGACUAUAGAAAGAUACAUAAUAAAUAAGCUUUCAAUGUUUCUUGGAAGGCAUGGAACAUUUGAAUGGUUUUCUUUUUCUUUUUCUUUUUGUAAGUAUUCUUAGGAUAGGGGAAGUGGUGAGAAAUAAUGGGAGUUAUGUAGUUCUCCAGAAAUUAAAACAAUUUCAGAGUCAAGGUAGAAUUUAUUUUUUCUCUAAGAUUUAAUUUUAAUGGUGGCAAAACAUUACUCUUUUCAACGUUUUUUUAAAGGUGUAAAUUGUGAACUGCUAAAAGAAUGUUUUUGUGGUUUUGAUCCCUGCAUAUAAUUUGCAUUUUAAAAACAAGCAUUACUUGUAGUCACUUGGAUGUUAAAUGGAUUGUAUAUUGUGCUUAUAAACCAAAAAGGUGUCAGCUCAUUUUUUACAAGUGCCCUGUUUUCUGGGCUCUUCCCUCUCCGUGGAGUGAACGUAAAACCUUGAUUAUCUUCCACUCACGUCCUUGUGUAAAAUUCCCCGCUGGGUGUGGGGCUCUCUGCUCUGGGGGCGCUGAUCACCGAUCAUCGAACUUGGGGAUAAAAGUCAUGAGCAUAAUGGGACCUUCCAGGGUCCAGGAGGACCAUUCUGGCAGCUUCUGUGCACUUCCUGACUGGGAAGGGCGGCUGCGGUUACACGCGCCUUCUCCUCGCCUCGGUGGUCAAGCUCCGCGACCCACGUUGUAAAGCCGUGAAUGUUUUUGCAGUUUGGGUGAUCAGUUCCCAGAAACUGCUGGACGCCUGAGGGCCCCAGGAGGGCAGCUGCGUUGCCCGCCUCACUUUUACUUCAGUGUGAAUGUAACACCAAAGGCUCGUCUUCAUUCGAUGCCUAAAAGUGCCUUGUCAUGAAACGUCCGCAUGUUUAAAAAAAAAAUACAUAUUUUUGUACACAAAGGGGAAAUGCACUUUAAAAUCACAAGAAUGGGUGUCUUUUGUGUGGUGUCAGAGAGUGGGUUGUCUGUAUCUCAAAUGCAAAAAUGUAAUAAAGGUAGAAAAAACAAAACUGAAA